UGGCUGUCCCUAAGAAAAUUUGGCUGUCCCUAAGAGACCCGUUCUGGAGAAUGAAAGAGUACUUAAAAUUACACAUAAUAAACAAACGAUCUAUUACAUCCUGCUGAUACAAAGAAGAUACAGUGAGUAAUAAUUCAUAAAAUUGUGUUAUGGAUAUGUUGUUAUCGGCAAGAGCAUAUAUAUCCAGAAUAUAUAAAGGCUCGAAAUAUUGUUAAUUGUUUUCUACAUUUCCCAGAAUAAUACGAUUGUGUAUCCAAUGUGACUAUACUUGUGGUAAAAAUAGGCAAUUUUAUGCAUAAUCACCAAAAAGGAAGAUCAAAGAUAAAUAGCACAUAAAAAAAAACCUCAUUCCCACCCAUCUUUGUUUCUUCUUCAUCAUGACAAUUGCAAAACCAAGAACUGUAGCAAUUAUUGGAGCUGGAUUCAGUGGUAUCAACGCAUAUGUCCAAGUCCAAAAAGAAUUGGGAAUUACACCUACUGUUUUUGAGUCAAAUCUUGAUAUUGGGGGCACCUGGCUCACUAGUACAUAUCCUGGUUGUAGGUGCGAUGUACCCAGUCAACUCUAUUCACUAAGCUCUGAAUUGAAUCCAAACUGGUCACAAACGUAUGCCUCCCAAAAGGAGAUAUUGGAAUAUUUGCAAGCGAUUUGUAGAAAGCACAAGAUAUAUGAGAAUACACGAUUUGGAACGGAAGUGGAACAAGCGUCUUGGGUGGAUGGGCAAUGGGAACUGAAAGUAAAAAGUCACGAAACAAAGGAAACACUCCACUUUGAUUUGCUAUUUCUAGGAGUUGGAAGCUUACGUAUUCCACAUAUUCCUCCCGAAUUUAAAAACUUUAAGGGGUCUGUGAUUCAUACCGGCGAAUGGGAUUCAUCAUUAGAAUUUAAAGAUAAGCGCAUUGGUUUGGUAGGCUCGGGUUCAAGCGCUAUUCAAGUCUUUCCGUUUUUGGCAAAAGAAGCUUCCUGUGUGGUAUUAUAUCAAAGAUCAGUGCCCUGGGUAUUUCCUCAGGUCCAAGAAAAAGUCUCUGACCUGACAAAGUGGAUCUUUUCUUGGCUCCCUUUGGCCAUCACCCUUUACAGAUGGUUUUUAAUACUUUAUUACGAACGUCAAUAUAUUUUGUUGGGGUAUCCAAACUCGAAAUUUGCAAACAAUACAAGACAAGGAGUUUUAAAAGCCAACCAAGAGUAUUUAAAAGAUGUGGGCCGGUCUGAUUUGAUGAGCAGUCUCCAGCCAACUUCCUUGACAGGCUGUCGAAGAAUAGUUCAAUCCGAUACUUUUCUUCAAACAGUAACAAGAAAUAAUGUGACACUAGUCACAGAGCCUAUUGAAAAUAUAAAAAACGACACAGUGUUUACAAAAAAUACAGAGCAUCAGUUGGAUGUGUUGGUGUUGGGGACAGGAUAUGAAACCCAAGAAGGGGUACUUGGUGGACUUUCAGUUAUUGGUAAAGAAGGUCAGUCCUUAACACAAUUAUGGAGAUCCAGUGCUCCCGAACUAUACAAGUCGACCAUGAUUCAUGGAUUUCCCAAUUUGUUCAUGUUGCUCGGCCCAUAUACAUUAACUGGGCAUAUAUCCGUAGUUCUAAUGGCCGAAAUUCAAGUAAAGUAUGCGAUUCAAUGUAUCAAAAAAAUACAAGAUGUCAUUGAACCUACGAAAGAAGCGCAAAGUAGGUACAUGCAACAAUUAAGAUCUGAUUUUCGCGAUACAGCGUGGGUUUCUUCUUGUAGCUCUUGGUAUAAGAAUCAAUCAGGUGUGAUUACAAGCUUAUACCCCAACACUGCCACACGAUUUCGUUGGGAACUUGGCCAAUUUAAUAAGUGUGAUUACGAAGUAAUGACACAACGCCAAUAAUAAACGGGGAUUCAAUUGAGA